CCGGCGCGCAGCCCUUUCCCGCAGCAUCCUCCGCUCCUCGGAUUUGCCUCCACGUCCUUUGCUCAUUUUUUUCUUUCUUUCUUGUUUUUUUUUUUUUUUCCUUUUCCUUAGAGGGAGAGGGCGGGGUAGGUGUCCCCUCCUCGUCCCCCCCCCCCGCCCUUUUCCUGCUUGAUCUGAAUUUCUCCCCCCUGGCAUUUCCCGGGCUCGCCUAGCAAGAGGCCAGCCCCGCGCGCAGCCAGGCAGCCAGGCAGCCAGGCAGCCAGGAGGACGCUGCGACUCCCCGGCUGCUCCGAGCCCGGCAGAACUGGAGCCUGGAGGGGCUGAGGGCACCACAGGCGGCGGAGGGAGGAGCCGGGCGUUCUCGGAGGUCUGAGGACAGCCCGCCUCCCUGGGAGCACCCCCCGGAGAGGCGCACGGCCACCCUCCGCAGCGAGCUUUUGGAGUACCGCGAGCGGGAGGCGAAGGAUGCCGGCGGCGCGGCGAGCCGGCUGCGGGGCAGCGCUGUGGCUCUGGCUCAUCAGCAGCGUCCUCUGCAGAGGCUGGACGGCCCCCUCCGCGUCCCAAAAAUGUGAUGAGCCACUUGUGUCCGGACUCUCCCAUGUAGCUUUCAGCAGUUCGUCCUCUAUGUCUGCAAGCUAUUCUCCUGGCUAUGCCAAGAUCAACAAGCGAGGAGGUGCUGGGGGCUGGUCUCCGUCCGACAGUGACCAUUAUCAAUGGCUUCAGGUUGACUUUGGCAAUCGGAAGCAGAUCAGUGCCAUUGCAACCCAAGGAAGGUACAGCAGCUCGGACUGGGUGACCCAAUACCGCAUGCUCUACAGUGACACUGGGAGAAACUGGAAACCCUAUCAUCAAGACGGGAAUAUCUGGGCUUUCCCGGGAAACACCAACUCCGACGGCGUGGUCCGCCACGACCUCCAGCACCCGGUGGUUGCCCGCUAUGUACGCGUGGUGCCCCUGGAUUGGCACGGGGAAGGCCGCAUUGGGCUCAGGAUUGAGGUCUACGGCUGUGCCUACUGGGCCGCUGUUAUCAACUUUGACGGCCAUGUUGUGUUGCCAUAUAGAUUCAGAAACAAGAAGAUGAAAACACUGAAAGAUGUCAUUGCCUUGAAAUUUAAAACCACUGAAAGCGAAGGGGUGAUCUUGCACGGAGAAGGACAGCAAGGGGAUUACAUCACUUUGGAACUGAAAAAAGCCCAGCUGGUCUUCAGUUUAAACCUAGGAAGCAACCAGCUGGGUCCCAUCUACGGCCACACGUCUGUGACGACAGGCAGCCUGCUGGACGAUCACCACUGGCACUCUGUGGUCAUCGAGCGCCAGGGCCGGGGCAUCAACCUCACGCUGGACAGGAGCACGCAGCACUUCCGCACCAACGGCGAGUUCGACUACCUGGACCUGGAUUAUGAGAUAACCUUUGGAGGCAUACCUUUCUCGGGUAAGCCGAGUUCCAGCAGUCGGAAAAACUUCAAGGGCUGUAUGGAAAGCAUUAACUACAAUGGUAUCAACAUAACAGAUCUCGCGAGAAGAAAGAAGCUGGAGCCCUCAAAUGUGGGAAACUUGAGUUUCUCAUGCGUGGAGCCCUACACGGUGCCGGUUUUUUUCAACGCUACCAGUUACCUGGAGGUGCCAGGGCGGCUCAACCAAGACCUGUUUGCGGUCAGUUUCCAGUUCAGGACUUGGAACCCCAAUGGCCUCCUGCUUUUCAGUCACUUUGCAGAUAAUCUGGGCAACGUGGAGAUUGACCUCACUGAAAGCAAAGUCAGCGUCCACAUCAACGUCACGCAGACCAAGAUGAGCCAAAUAGAUAUUUCCUCAGGUUCUGGGUUGAAUGAUGGACAGUGGCACGAGGUUCGUUUCCUAGCUAAGGAAAAUUUUGCAAUUCUCACCAUCGAUGGAGACGAGGCAUCAGCAGUUCGGACUAAUAGUCCUCUUCAAGUGAAAACUGGCGAGAGGUACUUCUUUGGAGGUUUUCUGAACCAGAUGAAGAACUCAAGUCACUCUGUCCUUCAGCCUUCAUUCCAAGGAUGCAUGCAGCUCAUUCAAGUGGACGAUCAACUUGUAAAUUUAUACGCGGUGGCGCAGCGGAGGCCGGGAAGUUUCGCGAACGUCAGCAUUGACAUGUGCGCCAUCAUAGACAGAUGUGUGCCCAAUCACUGUGAGCAUGGUGGGAAGUGCUCGCAAACGUGGGACAGCUUCAAAUGUACUUGCGAUGAGACGGGGUACAGUGGGGCCACCUGCCACAACUCUAUCUAUGAGCCUUCCUGUGAAGCCUACAAACACCUAGGCCAGACGUCCAAUUACUACUGGAUAGAUCCUGAUGGCAGUGGACCGCUGGGGCCUCUGAAAGUUUACUGCAACAUGACAGAGGACAAAGUGUGGACCAUCGUGUCUCACGACCUGCAGAUGCAGACGACCGUGGUGGGCUACAGCCCGGAGAAGUACUCGGUGACGCAGCUCCUGUACAGCGCCUCCAUGGAGCAGAUCAGCGCCAUCACCAGCAGCGCCGAGUACUGUGAGCAGUACAUCUCCUACUUCUGCAAGAUGUCCAGGCUGCUGAACACCCCAGAUGGAAGUCCUUACACCUGGUGGGUUGGCAAAGCCAAUGAGAAGCACCACUACUGGGGCGGCUCCGGACCCGGGAUUCAGAAAUGCGCCUGUGGCAUCGAACGCAACUGCACGGACCCCAAGUAUUACUGCAACUGCGACGCGGACUACAAGCAGUGGAGGAAGGAUGCCGGCUUCUUAUCCUACAAAGAUCACCUGCCAGUGAACCAGGUGGUGGUUGGAGACACUGACCGGCAAGGCUCUGAAGCCAAACUGAGUGUGGGUCCCCUGCGCUGCCAAGGAGACAGGAAUUAUUGGAAUGCUGCGUCUUUCCCUAACCCGUCAUCCUACCUGCACUUCUCUACUUUCCAAGGGGAAACCAGUGCUGACAUUUCUUUCUACUUCAAAACAUUAAUCCCCCGAGGAGUGUUUCUGGAAAAUCUGGGGAACACGGAUUUCAUCAAACUCGAACUGAAAUCUACCACAGAAGUCUCCUUUUCAUUUGAUGUCGGAAACGGGCCAGUGGAGAUUGUGGUGAGGUCGCCCUCCCCUCUCAACGAUGACCAGUGGCACCGGGUCACCGCGGAGAGGAAUGUGAAGCAGGCCAGCCUCCAGGUGGACCGGCUGCCACAGCAGGUCCGCAAGGCGCCCAGUGAAGGCCAUACCCGCCUGGAACUGUACAGCCAGCUGUUUGUGGGUGGUGCUGGAGGCCAGCAGGGCUUCCUGGGCUGCAUCCGCUCCCUGAGGAUGAAUGGGGUGACACUGGACCUGGAGGAAAGAGCAAAGGUCACUUCUGGGUUCAAAUCCGGAUGCUCAGGCCACUGCACCAGUUAUGGGACAAACUGCGAGAAUGGAGGCAAAUGCAUCGAGAAAUACCAUGGCUACUCCUGUGACUGCUCCAGCACAGCGUACGAUGGAACAUUCUGCAACAAAGAUGUCGGUGCGUUUUUUGAAGAGGGGAUGUGGCUACGGUAUAACUUCCAGUCGGCCGGGACCAGUGGCAAAGAAUCAGGCAGCAGAUGGGAGAACUCGCCCGAGCAGCAGAGCUCCUCACUGGACCUGGCCCGUGAGGAGAUCCAGUUCAGCUUCAGCACCAUGAAGCCACCCUGCAUUCUGCUCUACGUCAGUUCUCUCAGCUCGGACUUCUUGGCGGUCCUCGUCAAACCCACUGGAAGCUUACAGAUCCGGUACAACCUAGGCGGCACCAGAGAACCGUAUAAUAUUGAUGUAGACCACAGGAACAUGGCGAACGGACAACCCCACAGUGUCAACAUCACCCGCCACGAGAAGACCAUAAUUCUCAAGCUGGAUCAUUAUCCUUCUGUGAGUUACCAUCUGCCAAGUUCAUCUGACACCCUGUUCAACUCUCCCAAGUCGCUCUUUCUAGGAAAAGUUAUAGAAACAGGGAAGAUUGACCAAGAGAUUCACAAGUACAACACCCCGGGAUUCACUGGGUGCCUCUCUAGAGUCCAGUUCAACCAGAUAGCCCCCCUCAAGGCAGCUUUGAGACAAACCAACAUCUCAGCUCACGUUCACAUCCAGGGCGAACUGGUGGAGUCCAACUGUGGGGCGUCCCCACUCACCCUCUCACCUAUGUCGUCUGCCACCGACCCCUGGCACUUGGACCACCUGGAUUCAGCCAGUGCUGAUUUUCCAUAUAACCCAGGGCAAGGCCAAGCUAUAAGAAAUGGAGUCAACAGAAACUCGGCUAUCAUUGGAGGGGUUAUCGCCGUGGUGAUUUUCACCAUUCUCUGCACUUUGGUCUUCCUCAUUCGGUACAUGUUCCGUCACAAGGGCACCUACCACACCAAUGAAGCGAAGGGGGCAGAGUCAGCAGAAAGUGCCGAUGCUGCCAUCAUGAACAAUGACCCCAACUUCACAGAGACCAUUGAUGAAAGCAAGAAGGAAUGGCUCAUCUGAGGGGUGGCUAUUUGGCGAUGGGAUAGGGAGGGGGAAGGGAAAGGGACGAAAGCACCCUGCUUCAUACUCUUGAGCACAUCCUUAAAAUAUCAGCACAAGUUGGGGGAGGCAAGCAACAGAAAAGUCUUGAGACUGAUCACCACAAAAAAAAAAAAAUACUUUUUAAUAUUUCUUUAUAGCUGAGUUUCCCCUUCUGUAUCAAAACAAAAUAAUACAAAAAUGCUUUUAGAGUUUAAGCAAUGGUUGAAAUUUGUAGGUAAUAUCUGUCUUAUUUUGUGUGUGUUUAGAGGUGUUCUAAAAACCCAUGGUAACAGGGCAAGUUUUCUACAUUUUUAAGGAGCCCUUAGAAUGUGGAUAUUUUUUCUUGAGAAAAGCUGAUGCACAUACAUAUGGCCUCCAGCAUUCUCUUCCUUUUACAUAGAGUGAACUUUUAAUGGGCUAUUGUAGUUACUAGGUCAUGUUCAUAUGAUGUUUCUUUUAGUGUCCUACAAGUUGGAGAAGGAAAGAAUGGGGCAAAGAGAACCUGUGAUUUGCCAGUUUUCAAAGAGACCGCAAUCCACGCCAAUUUUCUGAGAGUUCGUGCCUGAAGCAGUUGAAGGAAGGAAGGGUAUGGCGCUGGUUGGAUGACAACAUAAGCAGCACAACGGAGAAUUCUAACAGCCAGGGCGAGUAGCUCCAUGUCGGGGUCGUUGGUUUUAUUUGUCAUCGAUGUAUGUAGUCUUAGACCGUUUCGAUAUCUGUAAUAUCAGUGGUAACAAAAGAUUAACUAGCAGCUGUUACAAAAGAUUUUUCGUCUGCUUUACCUGCAACCUGCGGUUACAUUAUAUGUAUGUGUAAGCACCAUAUGUUACGAUUUCUUUGCUCCGUUUCUCUUAUAGUUGUAGCAAGAGUAUGGACACUUUCUAGUGAAUGCAUCAAUUAGGUUGUUCUUAUUUUGCUUUAAGUCUCUGGGUUUUAAGCCCCUGUGACAAAAUCCUAGCAGUCAGUAUACUCUGAAUGGACACACCACAAUAAAGCCACGUUAUGGUUACUGUUACUAUUUCUAUUACUCUGGAAUCAUAUGGAAAACACUGCCAUGUUUUAAGUCACCUACUCCAUGUAUUGUUCCAUUCAAAAGUGAUACGCUGCCGUGAUUCAGGGAUCUUCUUCGGCAGAUACAUUUGAACCUCAAGUUCAUCACAAACCUGGUACCUGAUUGUUGCUUCUCAGAGAAUGGACCUGAGGCAAUUACACCUCAGUUUAAUCAGGAACCUCGACCAACUUAUUCCAACUAAUAACUCCUCAAUUUUAUCUAAAAAUAAUAGAUGUGUGUAAACCACUAGGACAAAGCUCAUAUUGGACCAUCCAAAAAAUAAUUUCAGUUAUUUAUUAAAAGAUUAACACAAAAGUUACUUCUAGAAUGACUACCACUUCUGAUCAUUAUAGUUCAGGCUCUUCAUAAAUACUUUAAAAGAAAUUGUUUUUAGGCUCUAAUCACAUUUUGAGGAAUUAAAUAUGAUCACCUUUUUCCUUCUCCUGCUAAGUAAGAUAAGAUUUAAAAGGUAUGGAUGCUAUUUUCUAAUAGCCUGUCUCAAUAAAAUGGAAAUUCUAAUUCGUUUGGGUAAUGUAUACAUACUUUUCAAGAUACUUGAGAGAUGCCUAACUUACAGGAGGAUCUCAAUUUCUUGAGUAGGGAAAAUGUUACCCAGAGCUGCCGGUGGCACACGGCACAUUCCGAAGGACACUGGAUCACUUAACCCAUUCAAGUCAACGUAACAGAACAGAAGGUGCUGCCCCCACUUACUGUCAUGAACUCCCUUAACAGAAUGAUCAUGAGCACCCUUCCAUGAAACACAUUCAAGAUGGGAAGUAUUUAACAUGAUGAAAUACAGAACACUGUAACUUUUACAAAUGACGUCUUGAAAACAAAGGCUGUUUACUUCACCAUGUGGGGUUCUUUCCUGUGUUGUCAAAUUGAAAAGGCAACUUGUAAACCUGGUGAAGGCCAUAUCUAGAACAUUCUCAAUGGUAAAUAAUUUGUUUAUGUGUCGAAAAGAAAGCAACUCUUUUCCAGCUCCCUCCCUUGAAGGUUUAGGACAACGCAGCCUCGACAGCCAUGAUGAGCUGUACUCGACGCCUCAUCUUGCUUUGUCAAUCGUAGUCCCCCAGCCCUGCUCGUCUCAUUUCCUGAUGCGUUGUCAAUCAAGCACAAAUAGGCCAGUGGAAGCGUCUUUACAUAAUAGGAACAGACAAAACAAAAACAAAGAACAAAACUGUGUUUUAAAACUGGAGGCUGUUUUAAAGUUCCAGGGAAAGCAGAUGGCGGGUUUAGGGUUACUUGUGCAGGAGACGUCCUGUGCGUAUAAAGCAGGCACCUAUGAGAAGAUAGGCGUGGGGACUUGGGACAAAGGUACCGUCAGUGCCAUUCUGAGCUCCCAAAAUAACAUCCUCCCCAGAGGCCAGGAAGCUAGCUGCAGAGGUGAGACGUGACACUGCUGUUACGCUCUUCUCUGGCCCUUCUUACUACAUAAAACGCUAUUGGCUUUCAACCAGCUGCUCAAAAAAA